AUUCUUUAUGAGCAGUCGAAAUGCUUAGACUAAAGGAACGUCGCCAUUUGCUUCUGCACCACGUGCUCCUCCUUCUCGUAAUCCUUCUGCUAACAGGCCGCAGUUUGGCCAUAGUUUGCUAUCACUGCGAUUCCAUUGCCCUGCCUGAAUGUUCCCAGACCCUUGGAGAGGUGGGGCUUCUUCCCUACCAGGAGUGUCCCUCUGAACUGUCGUGUCGUGUGUCCAUUGUGGACUCUAUCACAUAUCGCGGCUGCGGAGCAGAAACCCCCAUUAUCGGAUCGACCUACACAAAGUCCUGCUCGGCAAACCUGUGUAAUGGUGGUGUCUAUCCUCCAGGACGACUCAAGUGUCAUCACUGCGCCGGACAGGAUUGCGUGGCAGCUCCGGGGGCGAAACCCAAACCCUGUCGCUAUCACUUGGAAGAGGAUCAGUGCUAUACGGAUGUUAUAAGUUCUUCUGAAGCUUACAGGGGCUGUGUCUCCGAGCAGAAUCACACGUUGUCCAGUGCCGCUAAGCUGUGUGACAUCAAUGGCUGCAAUGAGGAUCAGGGAGCUUGGACACAAGUCUGCGCCACCUGCGAUUCUGCAGAAGGCAGGGGCUGCAAAAUGGAUCUCUUUCAGAUCAACACUGGCAGAUGUAAUGUGACCCUGUACGAGGAAUGCCAACAGGAAGUCCUGCUGGGCGAGCAAGAGGACAAGUACUGCUUCAGUUUCCGAAAACUAAGCCGGGUGGUCAGAGGGUGCUCUACAAAAAUGCCAGUAGAUCUUGAACCGUUCUUGGAGGAACUGGAAAAGUGUAGAACCAGUGACAACUGCAAUGCAGGUUGCCUUACCCGGCAGAAGUGUUUAGACUGUAACUCCCUGGAUCGGGAACUUUGCAGGACGAAUGUUACCGCUAUAAGUGACAGCACUUGUGGCUCCGCUGAGGCCUCCUCCUGUUUCUCAUGUGAGUAUUCCGACUGGAGCAUACAAAGAGGCUGUGGUGUACCACCCACAAAUCCCGAUGUCGUCAAGUGCUACGAGUGCGAUGAAGAAGGUGGAUGCAAUAGGAAGGAUUUCACCCGCUGCUACCAAUGCAGCACGGAUCAAGCGGGAGCAGGCUGUGCGAAUUGGGAAAGACCAGGUGAUAUAUUCAUCGAGGAAUGCGUUGAGCCAGCCACAUCGUGUAUGAUGGUUUCCUUUAACAACGGCACCACUGCAAGGGGUUGCCAAAAACCGGAUCUAAGCUGUACAUCCGCCAAUGUGGCCAAUUGUCUUCCCUGCGAAGGUAGCUUUUGUAACAAAGGAGCCUUUCCGAAGGAGCGUCUCUGGUGCCACCAGUGUACAGGAGUUGGGGAUUGUGAGGAGAUCUCCAGGGGGCAAACUGCUCUUCCUUGUCCUGUUCAAGCAAAUGAACCAGAUGAUCAAAAAGUGGCAUGCUUGGAGUACUUUGACACCCAGAGUAAGCAGGUUGUGAGAGGAUGUCGAUCCAAUUCGGAGCUGUACUAUGAGUGCCUCUUAAGGAGUAGCCAACAUGAUAGUUGUCGCAUUUGUCACAGUCAGGCCUGCAAUAACAGUACUGGAAAGGAGUUGAGAGCGAGCUAUGAGCUAGAGACCAAAGCAAUUGCGUUGCUGGAAGCCAGAAGUUCUUCAAAAUCUUUAGAGUAUACUAAAGUGGGUUUAGUAAUUUGCUUGUUCCUAAGCGUACGUAACUUGUAGGACCAGAUCCUAUAUGAAAACUAAACUUUUAUAA